GAUGUCAACAAAAACGAUUAAAAAAUGGAGACACGGCAGGGAAAAAAGCGAAAACCUUCAAGCGAAGAAACAAUAUUCGUGGUGUCGGAUGAAGAGGCGCCGUUCGACGAGGAUAGCGGCCCCAACGCCAAAUUAUUACGCCUGAGUAUGACAGAGGGGGACGUUGAAUUGGAACAAAACGGCGAUGGAAAUGUUGAAAUUGUUGUUAAUAACGACUCACAGGAAACUGAGCAGUUGGAAGAGGCUAAAAUAACAGUCGAUAUUAAUAGGGACUCGCAAGAUAUUGGUCAAGUGGACGAAAUGAAAAUGACUGCUGAUUUUAAUAAAGACUCGCAGGAAACUGAGCAAAUGGAAGAAGGAAAAAUGACUGUAGAUAUGAAUGAAGACUUGCAGCAAGUUGAAAAGGAGAAAAUGACUAUUGAUGAUAAUAAAGAUUUACAGGAAGCUGAGCAAUUGGAUAAGGAAAAAAUGACAGGCGAUGUUAAAAAAGAUUUUUACAAAAGUGAACACCUGCAGGAAGUUGAAAAUAUUGUAGCUGCCAAUAAAGUUUUGCAAAAUAAUGAAAUAGUAGAAGAAGAUAAACUAAUUGUUAUUGAAGAACUACAAGAUAUUAAGCAACUGCAAAAUAAUGAAACAAAAGAAGAAGAUAAACUAAUUGUUAUUGAAGAACUACAAGAUAUUAAGCAACUGGAAGAGGGUGAAAUAAAUGUCAUUGCAAACUUACAGGAAACUGAACAACUGGAAGAAAAUAAAAUAACUGUUAAUGUUAAUAUAGACUUGCCAGAAACUGAGCAAUUAGAAGAGGGUGAAAUAAAUGUCAUUACAGAUGAUAAUGAAAAAAGUGUUUUGUUGGAACCAAGACAACACUAUAAUGUCCAUGAGUCUGUCAACCAACACACUGACAUCAGUAAAGUUGAUUUGGCACCUAAAAUUAUUGAAAUGGAAUCACCAAAUAAAAAAAUAGAUGAAGUAAACAAUGUUGUUAAUGACACUGUACAGGAUGACUUUUCUUUAAUUAUUUUGGAUGAGGCAGAAACGCCAAAAAAGGUUACAGAUAACUGUGACCAACAUUUAAAAAUUUCAUUCUCCACAAAAGUCAUGGCUGAUUAUUAUAAGGAUAAAAUUUUAAAUUUCCUGCAGCAGUUUGUAGGUCUUAAAGUCAUUUCUGAAGAAAAACUUACAAUCAUAUUAGAACAAAGUGGAAUUCCAGAACUGGAUACCAAUUCACAGGUUAAAAAUACAUCUGUGAUAGAUUUGUGUUCCCCAAAUGUAACUCCAAUUAGUAGAAAACAUAAAAAGCAUAGUAAGUCAAAAAAACGCGAUAAAGAAAUGUUUGUCUUAGACACAAUGCCAUCAGAAGAUUUUGUUAAAACUGACAUGGUUUACAAUAGUAAGUUCAUAAUUAAUGUUAAAUCACAUGAAGAUUCGCAUGUAAAGGAGAGUAAUGUUACUUGCUUCAACUGUAAUGGGAAACACUGUCUGAGUGAUUGUCCUAUAGAGAUUAACCCAGCUAGGGUCAAUGCCAAUAGAAGAUCAUUUCAAUCAUCUAAACAAGUUCGGUAUCAUUUGGAGGAUGAUCAAAAAUAUGGCCACCUAAAACCAGGAAUAAUAUCAGAUAACUUGCGUAAUGCUUUGGGUUUGGGUCACAAACAGUUGCCGCGUCACAUAUACAUGAUGCGAAAACUGGGUUACCCACCAGGUUGGUUGGAAGAAGCGAAACACAUCACCUCAAGCCUCCAGAUGUUUGACAUCGACGGCAAAAACGUGAAGGACAAGGCCGCGAAGCGGCAACCGGGUUUGAAUCGCGAUAAAAUCAUUGAGUACCCCGGAUUUAAUGUGCCUCUUGAAGAUGGAUUCAAAGAUGAAUAUAGAAAACACAACGUUCCACCAUAUUCCGAAAAUUAUGCAACUGAAGCAAUGAUUUCAUUCUAUGAAAAAACAAUGGUCAGUCAAGACGAUCUUGAGUCUACUGAUAUGGAAACGGUGGCGACGGACGACGAGGCGGAAAAGUGUCCCAGUAACUCGAAUCUGGCAGAUAAGUCGUUAAACACGCUCGAGCUGCAGAAGAAACAGUUGCUGCUGGAACUGAAAGAGGGUUCCGAUUCCUCGAUGUUGGAGGAGUUGGAGACGUCGAAAAAUGACGAGCGGACGCGCGGAAUUACAGAGGAAAGGCCCGUGAUCGGCACGACGUUUGGUACGCCGCUGAUUGAGAGUAAGUCGACGUACUCGCGGCUACCGGACCUAAACAAUUUCAUGAAAGGCGUCAGUCCGGUUAUCAAUUUCGAAAAUUUGCCGGACUCGACCGGAAAGUACGAACAGAUGACCAGUGUGAUACAAAAAGUAAGAGAAAUGAGGCAGAUGAAUUGUAAAUCAUGAUUGUGGCGUUUAUGAGUAUCAUAUUAGAAUGAUAAAUACGACAGUACAACGUUUUACAUAUAGAUUUUAUAUAUUUUGUACGGGUGAACAUACAAAAAUAUGUUUUAAAACUUGGAUCUAUAUAAAUUUAUUAUGUGUGGAGUAUUUAUAAUAGUUUUACUGCUGACCAUCUAUACUUUUACAGUAUAGGCAAUUGUUAAUUGAACAUAAGUAUGUUUCGUGAAAUUACAUUUCACGUUUAGCACCCAAUAAUUUUACACAUCUUUUUUAUUAUAGGUUUAUUAACUAUACCUAAAAAUUAAAUUGAAUUUUUUCCAUCUCUCUUUUUCUCAAUUGAUUUCUUGUAUAUUUGUUAAAUAAAUUCAACAAUAUGCACAUGUGUUAUAUAAGUUUGUGACAGGUGUAAAGCUAAAACCGAUUUUAUAUUAUUUAAACAUUGUAUUAAAGAAUAUUUGUUGUAAUUAUUCCUGAAAUUAUUUCAAUAAACUAUAUUUAUUACAGUA